AUGACACCCCCUUCCUACUUCCCGCCGCCGCCCAUGUCGCCGUGGAGAUAUGCAAUCAGCACCCUCGGUCCCCUCGACGAGGGCGUCGUCGCUGAUGGAAGCUCCUCCCCCUUGUUCCACAGCGCCCCCGCCUCCUUGUCGCCCUUUUCCACAGCCCAUCACUUCUACAGCACUCAGCACCCCUUUGCUACUUCCAUGAUGAUGCAGGGCAACGCCAAUGCGACGCUUUCACCGCAAUCAGUCCCUCCCUUCGACAACCUCAUCAACUCUAUGAGCGCACUCCAGAUCCAAGACGACAGUCUAGCCCUCGAAGAAGCACCUCCUCGUCAAGCCGCCUGCACCACUCCUUCGGGACCUUACCAUUUGGACAUACCCACUCGAACAAGGCGAUGGGGAGCACGUUACGUUGACACUGCCACUCAGACAGACGACUCUUCUUCGACUACGACUGGUAUCCUUGAAGGUCCGCAUUCAGCUAGUGUUGCUGACUCUGCUCAGGUCAAACUUCCAUCUCCUCCUCCUCCAAUUGCAGACCUCAUCUGCCUCGACAGUGACGACAGAGACGUGCAGGAGUGCUCUACUUCUACCAUGCCUCCGUCACCCCCGGCUUCUGUACCAGUACAAGCAUCUAACAAGAUCGAAAAUGACAGCAAACAUGCCCACCGAGACGCUCUGAGCAACUCACAAGGCGAUCCCAAGCCCGUCGUCGACGCUCACAUCGUAGACCUCCGGCAUCACUUCAAGUUCGAGGCAGUCGAGGCAGCUCCGCAACAAAUUCCGAUCCCAGAAAGUGUCACUCAAGAGCGAGCAGUCAUCGCGGACGUCCCCACAUCUUACCUCUCUGCUAUCAAGUCUGACAUUUUUGCAAGUGGUGACUGUAUCUCAGCAAAGCUAGCGUAUACAGGAGGGGCGCGACAGCCAAUGCCUGCAGGACGAACACCGCAGCAGAUACAGCUCACUGACUCGCCGAAGCAGGUCACCUCAAGUGACAGCCAGAAAGGUGCUGCAACAUCGGCUCAGAGUACAGAACAUAGCCAUGAUAUCAAACGCGAAGACUCAGAAAUUGAGAUCAAGAGAACCAACGUCCUCACGGCUAUAUCUAUUGCAGAAGCAUUCGCAUCAAACGCAGCUCGCGCGAAAGCUCACCUACGCCCUCAGAUCCUCGAGCUUGGGUCUGUGCACAGCGCAGAUUCCUCUCAGAGUUCGUCGUCAUCAGCUUCAGGCGACGUUGCCGACCUCACCAAGCAGCGAUUGCCUGCUCAUUCUUCGUCGCCACCACCACCUCCUCCUCCUAAGGAUAUGGACAUUUCUCCUGAGGGUACGCUGCACUCAGCAUCCUCGAGCGUGGAGGUCAUCGUAAUGGCACAACCAGUUGCCGAUCACCUUUCGACCACUCAUUCUGCAACGCCAGAACGCAAAGAGGUAGCUAAGAUCCUGGUUGACGUACCCAAAGCAUCUUACAACGCCAAAGAAGAAAAGAGGCAUCCCGCUUCGCCUGUUGCUGAACCGGCAAAGAUGUCACAGCGAGUGCCGCUUCAAGCUUGGCCAAUGCUACUCGUAAGACCGUUGUCCAAAAGCGAAGACCAGCGUCUCGAGGCGAUAGAGCACCUGCUUUCUGCACUCACAAUGACGGCACCGAACGAGAGUCGGUAUGAGUUUUCUUGUCAGAUGAGAACCAUCGUACGGCUAGCCGCAGCCUUCGACGUUCACCCUUGCGAUUUUGGUGUCAAAGGAGAGGAAGCAGCGCCUCUCACGCUUGGUGACGUCAAGAUCUCGACGACUGGAAAUGAUGGAGAGAGCACAGAGACGAUGCACCUGGAGGUCGAUUGCUCGAGGGUGAAGACCGCUACUGCCAACAAGUGGGUAUACCAGUCGCAAUCGGGUACGACAAGCAUGAGCGACGUUGUCACGGAUCUCGUUCAGUCUUUGGCCUGGAGAAGAGCCAUCGAUGUUGUCGGUAAGGCAGACGAUGACAUCGCUGAGCUUACCAAGCUAGCACCUCUCAGCGGCGCAACCACCUUGAACGCUCGUGCCCCACCGACAUAUCAGGGCGAGAUUCCGGCUGUGUCUACCAAUAUUGUUCUUCGUCGAGCUGAGCCCCUCUUCAUCAACGAAUCACGCUCUUCUCCGGAGAUCUUCAACCAAAGUACCAGAAUCAAAUUCGGCAAGAGGAGCCUUCCUCGACCCUUCGACUUUGGCAGGAUUGUCACUCCUGCAACCCAGGAGAGCAUCUGGAUCGCUCUCCUCUCGGCAGCCAAUAGAGCCAGUGUCAUCUUGGAAGCAGUCUUCGGCCCAGAGCCUGCCUCCCUGCCGGUCACUGUAAGGAUGGGAGAUGUAGCUAAGAGGGUACAUGAGAUGGAGAGCAAGGCGAGGCCUGCUCUAGAGACUCUGUCACAGGGACAGCAGCCGCAACAGCAACAGCAACAGCAACGGCAUACAUCCAAUCAGAUGAAAGUGGAGUCUAAGGGCACCAAGUGCCUGUCCGAGACGCAGCAGUCUCCCUCAAAGCAGAAAAAGGCAGCCCAAUGCACCUGCAAAGUACACGCCCGCAACCAGCCUUGGCAGCAGAAGGGACGAGCAGCCCAGACCCUUUCAACGAAAUCCCAGAAGAAAAAGAAGAAAAAGAAGGAAAGCAAGAUUACUGACAGCCAGCCUACGAACUCGAACAAGACGACGGCGUCGAAGCAGCAGCAGCACUCUUCUUCGGACUAUGAGACGGCCCCUGAAGAGGAGAAGGCUCGCAAGGCUCGAGUCAAGAAGGAGGGUAAGAGCGGCAUGGCUCUGUCUCUGCCUCUGCCUCUGCCUCUGCCUCUGCCUCUGCCUCUGCCUCUGCCUCUGCCUCUGCCUCUGCCUCUGCCUCUGCCCGUAGAUGUACGUGCUGCUGUACCUGAACCUGUGGUUCUGCCGAAGGAUAUCCCUCUGCCUUGCUCUGAUGCAGAGCAGGACGAGCAUAAGUCGGAGAAGGAGAAGCAGAAACCUUUGAUGACUUUACGAGACUUGGAAAUGGUCGAUUGGCGAGCAGCUCUGCUGGGCUGA